AGAAUUCAGGAAGUGAGUUUACUCUCUGAUGAAUAGUGACACGUUUGGCAGCAGAUUUCUGAUUCAUUACCUCGGAAACGAGACUGUUUAUGUACCACGCAAGCGUCGAAAUGCAAAAAUGAACAGAAAGUUUAUUCCCUCCAAAAAACAGAAAAUGGCAUCCACUAAGGAGAAGCUGAUUGCCCAUGUGAGCACUGAACAGCCAGUGGGCUCCAGCAACAAGGUGACUGUGGUUGGUGUUGGCAUGGUGGGCAUGGCUGCUGCCAUCAGCAUCCUGCUGAAGGAUCUUGCUGAUGAGCUGGCCCUGGUUGAUGUAAUGGAGGAUAAACUGAAGGGAGAAGUUAUGGACCUGCAGCACGGCAGUCUCUUUCUCAAGACUCACAAAAUUGUGGCUGACAAAGACUACAGCGUGACUGCCAACUCCAAGGUCGUCGUGGUGACCGCUGGGGCUCGUCAGCAGGAGGGAGAGAGCAGGCUGAACCUGGUGCAGAGGAAUGUCAACAUCUUCAAGUUUAUCAUUCCCAAUAUUGUAAAGUACAGUCCUAACUGUAUCAUGCUGGUGGUGUCCAACCCAGUUGAUAUUCUGACCUACGUGGCCUGGAAGCUGAGCGGUCUUCCCAGGAACCGUGUGAUUGGUAGCGGCACCAACCUGGAUUCUGCUCGGUUCCGCUACUUGAUGGGUGAGAAACUGGGUCUGCACCCAUCCAGCUGCCACGGCUGGGUGAUUGGAGAGCAUGGAGACUCCAGCGUACCUGUAUGGAGUGGUGUGAAUGUCGCUGGAGUUUCUUUGCAGGGUCUCAACCCAGACAUGGGUACAGACAAGGACAAGGAAGAUUGGAAGAGUGUCCACAAAAUGGUGGUCGACAGUGCAUACGAGGUGAUCAAGCUGAAGGGCUACACGUCCUGGGCUAUCGGUAUGUCUGUAGCCGACCUGUGUGAGAGCAUCCUGAAGAACCUUCACAAAUGCCACCCAGUGUCCACCCUGGUCAAGGGAAUGCAUGGUGUAAAUGAGGAGGUUUUCUUGAGCAUACCCUGUGUCCUGGGCAGCAGCGGCCUCACCGACGUGGUGAAGAUGACCCUGAAAGCGGAAGAGGAGAAGCAGUUGGUGAAGAGUGCUGAAACCCUGUGGGGUGUGCAGAAGGAGCUGACCUUAUGAACUGUAGCCUCUCGUUAAACAAAGCACCACUCAAAAGUAAUGUCCAAACAUGUAACACUUUCCCUGCCCAAGUCCUAAAGCCAUCAAUCCUGAUGCGAUGUCUCAAAGCAGAACUCAGACCCAUAGACCUUAACAGUCCUCAGUAUACAUUUAGAAGAGGAUAGAUAUUUAUGUAGUCUUAUAUCUAAAGAUAAAGAAGAGUAAUAUAUUAUGGGCUUUUGUGAACGCGUGUUUUGUGUGCAUUGGUGUUAACGCUUGAUGUUGUCCUUGGUACUCAAAAGAACUAUAUUUGUGAUAAGGUGGUCAGCCAGUUUGGGUUUCUGUAUAAGUGUGCUUUCUGAGCUCAACAGGCAUUCCAUCCCAUCCCAUUUUUUUCCCCCCAAUGCAAAAGAAAAAUCAAACAAGAGCCACUUCCUCUGAAACCAAAGCUGCAAUGUAUGUUUAGGGAGCAUUCUAAAAGGUGGUUAACGUGGCUUAAUGCGAUACGGUAGUGUUUCUCAAAGACCAAACUCAGUAAACAUAUUAACAAUAAAGCAUACUAUGUACAGAAAAGCAGAGGAGUCCAGAAUAUGAACUUUAUGCAUUAAGCAUUUUUCUCUCAUAGACCAUUACGGAAAAAGCUUAAUGCGAUAAGACGGUUUUUAAAAGACCAAACACAUUCAUAAUAACAUACUAUGUACAGGCAAGCAGAUGAGUACGAAUGCUAAGACAGCGUUUUUUUAACUGCUUGUUCUGUUUAAUGAGUUUGGUCUUUUAAAAAAAAGUCUUAUCACAUUAAACCAGGUUAAGCCUUUCCCUUAAUGUUUUUUGGGAGAAAAAUGCUUAAUUAAACGCGUUAUGUUUAUAUUCUGGACUUGUGUUUGUCUGUACACAGGACGUUUUUAAUAUGAAUGUGUUUACCAAGUUCGGUUUUUAAAAAACGGUCUUAUUGCAUUUAACCCUAUUAAGCGCUUUAGAAUAUCCCUAUGUUUAUUAAAAUGCUAGCACUUGUACACACAUGCACUUUCAUACACAAUCAACAAGUGCACUGACGCACAUUUUUAUUCAACUCUAAAUCAGGGUAUGAGAUUGUUAGCAGUGGUAAAUUAAUGGCGGAACAAAGACCAGAGACCCAAAAUGGCAGUGCUGUGGCUCAUUUGUAUCUUUUGCUGCAUAUCAGUCAAAGUUCAGGUAUGUUUGAAAUAGGCUGUUCAUGCAAUAUUCACAUCUAGGUGUGAUUUUAUGAACGUUAUCUCAUCCGCAAAGAUUAUUUUUGUACAUUUAUUUCUGUGAAACCCCCGUAAAAGGGUGCACCUAGUGGAACCUAAUGUGUUACAGCUCUCACUGUUAACUCCCUUCACUUUCAAAUAAAGGUUUAAUCAUACAACA